AUGGACGGAGGCGCAUCCUGCAAGGCGCCUUCCGGCCAGAACCAGUGGAGCCCCUUCGGCCUCAGCCCCACGAGUGUUGCCCUGCUCGCCCUGCCGCUCGGGUUGAUUCCCUUCUUCGUCCUCUUCGGAAUACCCGCUCUAUGGCAGGCCCUAGGCUCCGUAGGGGGCACCUACCUGCGAAACAAGACCGAUGGCCGGAGGGCACAGCUGCUCGAGGUUAUGGCCGAGGAUGAGAAGAGCUAUCUGAGCAAUGGGAAGGCCGGAGUCGAACCAGAAGAGGAGGUCGAGAAGGGAAAGAAGGACAUAUGGAAGAAGAUCGAGGCCUCCAUACAGGGGAAGCUGCCCAAGGGCGACAAGGCAGACAAGGAGUGGUCGGGCAUCGUGGGAUUCUUCCAUCCUUUCUGUAAUGCUGGAGGUGGAGGCGAAAGAGUGCUCUGGGCCGCGAUCCGAGCUACUCAGAAGCGUUGGCCCAACGCCAAGAUUGUCGUCUACACGGGCGACCACGAGGCUUCCAAGGACCAGAUCCUGGGUCGAGUUAAGGACCGAUUCAACGUACACCUCCACCCACCGAGCAUCCAGUUCCUGUAUCUGUCCACCAGGCAUUGGGUCCUGGCAUCUACCUGGCCGCGCAUGACACUUGCCGGCCAGUCGUUCGGGUCUCUGAUUCUCGCAUGGGACGCCUUCUCCCUGCUCGUGCCGGACAUCUUCAUCGAUACCAUGGGAUAUGCCUUUUCGCUUGGGCUGAGUAAAUGGUUGUUUAAGAACGUCCCGACCGGCGCAUACGUCCACUAUCCCACCAUCUCGACCGACAUGCUCGACUCACUCGACCCCAACCACCCCCUAGGCGCGCAAGGCGUCAACGCUGGCCAAGGAAAAGGUCUCAGGGGCACUCUGAAGCGCAGGUACUGGCAGCUGUUUGCCAAAAUCUACGCCAUGAUGGGCGCAACCGUCGACGUGGUCAUGACGAACUCCAGCUGGACCCAGGCCCACGUCACCUCGAUCUGGGGCCCAGGCCGCAGGGAAGCCUCCAAGACCGAGCCCAUCGCCACCGUCUACCCGCCAUGCGCCGUCGAGGAGCUCGAGGAGGAGGUCGAGGUGUCUGCGGCGAGCGAGUCAAAGCGGGAGAAGAACCUGCUGUACAUCGGGCAGUUCCGGCCGGAGAAGAACCACCCGCUGAUCCUGGAGGCAUUCGCGCAGUUCAUCAAGGCUGGCAGCGAGGCGUCCAAGGGCGCUCGCCUGGUGCUGGUGGGCAGCGUGCGCGACGACCAGGACUCGAAGCGCGUGUACAAGCUGCGGCUGCUGCUGCGCGAGCUUGGCGUCGACGGCCGCGUGGACUUCCAGCUGGACGCGUCGUGGACCGACAUCCUCGGCUGGCUGGGCCGGUCGCACGUCGGCGUCAACGGCAUGUGGAACGAGCAUUUUGGAAUCGGCGUCGUCGAGUACCAGGCCAGUGGCCUCAUCUGCGUCGUCCACGACUCCGGCGGGCCCAAGCUGGACAUUGUCAAGGAGGUCGACGGUUUGCCCACGGGAUUCCACGCUACCACUGCAGCCGAGUUCGCCGCGGCCUUUGAGAAGGCGCUGACAGUGGAGAACCCCCUCGAGAUGCGCCUGCGCGCCCGGGAGUCGGCUUGGAGGUUCAGCGAAGGCGAGUUCGCCCGGAAGUGGAUCGAGCAGACGGCCAAGCUGGUGAACAUGACGAAGCCCUAG